AUCCAGUCCGGGCGCAGUGUUUGCAAACACCUUGAACGCCAGCGAGAGACGAGAGGGGGGACAGCCACGGACCGACAGACGCUCGGCUGCUUCACUUCACUGCUGCUCAAAACAAGCGCCUCUUCGCUUGCAUCGCAGGGGACCGCUCUUAUUCCUUCUACUGGGUUUACAUUUUUUGUCUUCAUCUUCUUCUUCCACCUGACAAACGCAUUUAACUGCAGCUGUAUCGCAAUUUUUAAAAUAUAUAUUUUUUACAAAUCUCUGGGGAAAAAUGGAUGUUCUACCCAUGUGCAGCAUCUUUCAGGAACUUCAAAUAGUUCACGACACGGGGUAUUUCUCAGCCUUACCGUCACUGGAGGAGUACUGGCAGCAGACAUGCCUGGAGUUGGAGCGCUACCUGCAGAACGAGCCCUACGUCUCCACGUCCGACCUCAAGUUUGAAAGCCAGGAGGACCUCUGGAGCAAGCUGAUCUUGGUCUGCGGCGACAAGGCCAAGGCCGAGUCCGACCCCAAGCUGCCCGUGGCCCACGAGGAGGACAGUCGGGACAGCCCCAUCUUGGACACCAACAGCGUGAACUCGGACGCCAGCAGCGAGGCUUCGGACAGUUCCGAGGAGCUCUCGCCCACGCACAGCUUCACCUCCAACCCUCUGGGCUCCGUCCUGGUGGGCUCGGGGCCUUUUAGCCCCUCCGUCAUAAGCACGCCCCCGUCCUCUCCGGAGGCCGGCUCGGAGGCCGGCGGCGCGGCCGGCACCUGGGUCGCUGCCGAGCUGCACUUGCCGGUCAAAAUCCGGAACGGCGGCGCGGCGAAAGGCGCUGACAAGGCGGGACUCGUGUGCGGGGAAGCGUCCUCGGACGGCAGGAGGCGGGUACACAGGUGUCAGUUCAACGGAUGUCGCAAGGUUUACACGAAGAGCUCCCACCUAAAGGCACACCAGCGCACUCAUACGGGCGAGAAACCGUACAGGUGUUCGUGGGAGGGCUGCGUGUGGCGUUUUGCACGAAGCGACGAGUUGACCAGACACUUCAGGAAGCACACCGGGGCAAAGCCAUUCAAAUGCAGUCACUGUGACAGAUGUUUCUCCAGGUCUGACCAUCUGGCCCUUCACAUGAAAAGGCACGUCUAGAGCGGAGGAUGAGCUCCGACCAACAGCGACGGGGGGGGAAAGCUGUUGUAAAAAAAAAAAAAAAAAAAAGAAGAGAAGAAAGAGAAAGAAAGGGGGUAAAAAAAAAAAACGCCGUCUCCCGACCAGUCUCUUGGUUGAACUGUCCCAGAGCAGAGUGGCGAGCAGCCAAAGCAUGCCGUUUUGCACCAUACUGAAACCCAGUGCCUCCUGGACCUCUCUUUGGAGAAAAGGGGCGCUCUGAUGGUUGUCUGUUGCGACAAAAAAAAAAAGGACAAAAUCACGGACGGAGGUGGGGGGAAGGGGGAAGGGGGGAGAAGAAAUCCUUUUGCUUGAGAAGGACGUACAACUCACACACAUAGAAAAAAGAAAGAAGAAAAGACAAAAAAAAACAAAGUGUGAAUGAAUUGUAUGUGUGGUGCAUGAUGUUAGGGGGGGUGGGGGGUGGGGAGGUUAGGGGGCAUUCCCGGACAGCAGAUACACUGGUACUUAAAAAAAAAAAAAAAAGAAGAAGAAGAAAAAAAAAACUGUCUGAGGUUAGCAUGUGUGCACUGUGAAUGUCUGAGAUUGGCUGACCGGCCCCCCCCCCCUCAUCUCUCUUCCCCCCCCCCCUCUGGGAGGACAGUAGGUGAGAUGGGGCUGACGGGGCCGGUACCAAUGUUGCUGUGGACUGAAUGGGUUUCUGGGGGGAAACAUUCCAUCCGUGUUUCCCUGGUGGCAGAGCGAGGACGGGGCAGGAUGGAGGCUCCUGCCUGUCUGUCUGGCACCCGAGACUGUGGGGGGGGGGAGCUUUUUGAGGCCUUGGAUUUGACCCCGAGAGAAGGGGGACCCGUUUCCUCUUCUGGUCAGCGGCCCAGAGACCACGACACCCUCCCACGACCCCCUCGGUCGCUGUAUGACAGGAGCUUUUUUUGGUGUUUUUUUUUUUGGUGCAGCUACUAAAUGUGCAAUGUGUUAUGUAGGCUGGUUUAUUUUUUACAAGCUACAAAGCUCAUUUGUAGUCCAAUUGUAUACGCUGUGUGCUUAGAGGUAUAACACAACUAUACUAUAACUUCAGUAUCAUAGACAGGUGUUGCAUGGUUCUAGGGUUUGUUCAUUUCAUGUUUCCACUGUAAUCAGGACUGCAAAUAGUUUCAAUAAAAGUGCAGCUAACAUGCCGACGGUUAAAUGUUACAAUAUUGUACAUAAAGCCUUGAUGAUUUCCUCUUCUUUCUUUUCACCACCUCAUCCGUUUUAUUCAUUUUUUCUUUCCAUCCGGCUGGAGAUUUCCCCCACUGCUUCCUCAUUCUCUCUCAUCCUAUGCCUUGACGAGUAACUUUGAUUUUUUUUUUUUUACUUUUCUUUUCUAUCUAAUAAUGCACUGUUGACCUUAAUGGUGCCUUAUGCAAGUGACUCGGCCCUGUGGCAGCGGUGGGAUGUUUUUUUUCUUCUUCUUUCCUCCCAGGGGAAGUCACACUUGUCCUAUGGGUGAUUUGACAAGCUUGAUCAAGGCUCAGUUACAUGCUAACGCUCCACCUCCUUUGUGUUUCAUGGCCGCCGUCUGCAAUCUAUUCAGAUUCUGUCGCUUGAUGGUGUUUGUUGUUGUGCGUGUGGUGUAAAAGUCGUCUUUGAGUCGGCACCAGUUCAGUUGAGCCGCAUCACGUUUAACUCAGUCGGCCAAACGCUGUAUGUUUAGAGCACUUAAAUUCACUCAUUAAAGGUGUUGUCCAUCAUACCCAGACCCACCCAGAAAUAUUGUUUAUUUUUGAUGUCCAGUUCAUACAGGACCGCUCCCUGCUAUUGCAUCCCUCCACCACCAACACAUUGUCGCCCCCCCCCCCCCCCCCUCCCUAGCCUAGGACUGAAGAAAACUCUAAAGAUUUAUUGUAAUUAACAGGCUGCAGUCGGACAGGCCUCGCCUUGUACUGCCUCUCGGUAAUGAAUUGCUAAAGGCUUUGUUGGCAUGGAAUCUGUCACAGACUGCUGACUGUGUAGGUUGGUUAUUGACCUUGUCUGGGGAGCGUUGUUUUAGCCGAGCUGCAACAGUAUUCUGAAAACCAGAGGAGCGGGGCUCUCGGAAAGAGAUCAAAUGGUCACGGUGCACAUGGAGAUUUGACCCCAAAAAGUAAUAGGAGGGUGGGGGAGAGAAAAAAGCCCACGACCGUACCUCACUUUUUAAGGAUGGAUCUGCGGGAUCUUACUUAUUACCGUCUUCGGGUCAAAGGUCAUCUUUGCCACACCGCUCCAGAUCAGCGAGCCUUGUUGUUGGGAUCGGACGCUGCGGCACAGUUUGCAUCCUUAAAGAUUUUAAAUCCGAUGUGAUGAGCACAGACUUGAAACCUCUGGAUUGAUUUUGGGAGCAAAGGAGAGGAAACAUCCCCCAAAAAGAACGUUGUGGUAAUUGAGCCUUGAUUAAGCCCUGUGUUUGCUCCCAUCUUUCAUCAACGCUUUCAUCCCACACUACCCCAACAUCUUCUGUCUCUCUCUCAUGCACACGCACACACACAGCUCUUUGUUCUCAACUGAAUCUUUGUAUAAAAAAAGGAGAAAAAAAAACAACUUUUGUAAAAUUGUUAUGUUUAUGCUUUAUGAAAUUUUUAUUUGAAAUUGUUUUGCAAAAUUGUUAUAUUUCUGUAUGAAUGUAUUUUUUAUUGGAAUAAUAAGAAAUUCUUAUCUCA